AUGCUCGUCCUGGGUCUUGUCUGCCUCGUCGGCUUUGUCCUAGCAGAGCGGUUCCUUGCACCAGUUCCCUUCCUCCCGUGGGAGUUGUUAGCGUCACGGACAAUAUUAGGAGCAUGCCUCCUCGGCGCGUCAUACCAAAUCGCUUAUUAUUGCUGGAACGAGUACUACACAUCAUACCUCCAGGUGGUAUAUGGAACGAGCAUCUCGACCGCCGGCUACAUCAGCAGUAUCUUCAACAUGAUCUCCGGUAUAUGGCUUCUCGCCGUGGGCUUCAUGAUCAAGAAGACAUCUCGAUUUCGAUGGCUGCUCCUUUGGGCAGUGCCCCUCUACAUGCUAGGAGUUGGCUUGAUGAUCUACUUUCGCAAGCCUGGCUGGUCCAUGGGCUACCUCAUCAUGUGCCAGGUCUUUAUCGCCUUUGGAGGCAGCACCAUGAUCAGUUGCCAGCAAGUUGCCGUUUCUGCUGCGUCUGAUCACAACAACAUCGCUUCAGCGCUUGCCUUUCUCGGUGUCUUUGGUUCCAUGGGUGGUGCUGUUGGAAGUAGCAUCUCUGGUGCUAUCUGGACAAAUACCUUGCCAGGCGCUUUGAAACGCUUACUACCCGAGGCUGUCAAGGCUGAUUGGAGGACGAUUUACGAGUCGCUCGAUGUUCAAUUAAGCUACCCAGUUGGCUCGCCUGUUCGAGAAGCUAUUGCGCUCGCUUAUGCCGAGACUCAGAGCAAAAUGCUGAUCGCGGGCACGUCUAUCAUGGCCUUGUGUCUUGGUUGGAUGUUCUUGAUUCAAGACAUCAAGCUUAGCAAGGGUUCACAGACAAAGGGAGUUCUCUUUUAA